AACGGAGUGCGGAAGUGGUAACGGCACUGUGCGGGCUCGGGGUUCCGCCUGUGGACGCCUCGCCAGAUUUCUCCAGCCGAAAAUAGCCCCCUAUCCUUCAAAUUCAACCCUACAUAAGCAGCAGAGACCCGGGAGAGAUGGCUGGACGGUUACCGGCAUGUGUUGUCGACUGCGGCACUGGUUACACCAAACUGGGGUAUGCAGGGAACACAGAGCCGCAGUUCAUCGUUCCAUCAUGUAUCGCCAUCAAAGAGUCAGCCAUGGUCGGGGACCAGGCCCAGAGGAGGAUGAUGAAGGGGGUAGAUGACUUGGAUUUCUACAUCGGAGACGAAGCAGUAGACAAGCCCUCAUAUUCCACUAAGUGGCCGAUCCGUCAUGGGAUUGUAGAGGACUGGGACCUAAUGGAGCGCUUCAUGGAGCAGAUCAUCUUCAAGUACCUCAGGGCUGAACCUGAAGACCACUACUUCCUCCUGACCGAGCCGCCUCUGAACACACCAGAGAACAGAGAGUACACAGCCGAGAUCAUGUUUGAGUCCUUCAAUGUACCAGGGCUUUACAUCGCUGUGCAGGCUGUACUCGCUCUAGCAGCCUCCUGGACGUCCAGACAGGUGGGAGAGAGGACGCUCACCGGAACAGUCAUCGACAGCGGAGACGGUGUCACACACGUCAUCCCCGUGGCUGAAGGUUAUGUCAUUGGCAGCUGUAUAAAGCACAUCCCCAUCGCAGGACGAGACAUCACCUACUUCACGCAGCAGCUCCUGAGGGAGAGGGAGGUGGGAAUCCCACCGGAGCAGUCGCUGGAGACGGCAAAGGCAGUCAAGGAGCGGUUCAGCUACGUGUGCCCGGAUCUAGUCAAAGAGUUCAACAAGUACGACACGGACGGCUCCAAGUGGAUCAAACAGUACACCGGCAUCAACUCCAUCAGCAAGAAGGAGUUCACCAUCGACGUGGGCUACGAGCGCUUCCUGGGGCCUGAGAUCUUCUUCCACCCAGAGUUUGCCAACCCAGACUUCACCCAGCCCAUCUCUGAAGUUGUGGACGAGGUGAUCCAGAACUGUCCCAUCGAUGUCAGACGUCCUCUCUACAAGAAUGUCGUUCUGUCAGGAGGCUCCACCAUGUUCAGGGACUUUGGGCGGCGUCUGCAGAGAGAUUUAAAGAGGACGGUUGAUGCCCGGCUGAAGAUGAGUGAGGAACUGAGUGGUGGCAAACUCAAGCCCAAACCAAUCGAUGUCCAAGUCAUCACUCAUCAUAUGCAGAGAUAUGCAGUCUGGUUUGGAGGAUCAAUGUUAGCAUCCACUCCGGAGUUCUACCAGGUUUGCCACACCAAAAAAGACUACGAGGAAAUUGGGCCGAGCAUCUGUCGCCACAACCCCGUCUUUGGAGUCAUGUCUUAACUUUGGAGUGUGACAGAUAUGGGCUGGGCGGGACGGGACAGGGCGGGGGCUGUGGUAUGGAGAGGCAGGGUGUGUGUGGGGGGGGAGGGUGAUGUGUUAAUGACAGACAGGCUCAGGAGGUGGAGGAAGGUGAUGCUUCUGAUCUAUUUUUUUUUAUUGCUUGUUCAGGUGAUCCAGAUUGAACAAAAAAGUGUAUCGUGGAUAAUGUUCCUUUUUCUUUACUUCUGUUUAUUUUCUUUGUUCCUGAGGGAAAAUGAGGGAAAAUGGUUUGCAAGCCCAACAAUCUUCGGAACAUUUUCAGGAUCCGUGGAGCAACGUGCAGUCAGACAUGAUGAUUAUAAAGGUGUUGGUGGAUUAUGAUUUUAAACAUUAAGAGUAAUUUCCUGACACCAGAACAUAUUAUUUAUGUUUAUAAAAGUCCAGAUAGGAGAUCAUUGACAAGUUUAGAACAUAUUAUCGUCUCCUUUUAUUUUCCCAGCUUCAAAUGCACACGUCCGUGUAUCACAACAAGAGCUUGUUUAUAUUUCAUACUAAAGUUUUUUAUAUGUCAAACUGGGGAAAUCAGCGGGUGAAAUUAGAAACAACGAGUAUCAGAAAGAUGUUUUUUAACCCAGGGUGCAGCGUUGAUGCAGUGCAGUAGUUUCUCCAGUGUUAGUUAGGUGCUUUCCCUCCUUUUAUUCCCCACACAUGUCAUCGCUGUCCGCCCUUUACUUCUUCAAACAGAACAUUUAAUUCACUCCUGCUUUCACUUUGGGAUAAUAUCAGGAUUCCACCUCGAUGAUGCAGUGAAAGAAAAGAGAGCGGACUUACUUAAGGAGGUUAUAAAAGAUGAAAUAAGAAAGACUGUCAGACCAGUAUUGUUAGACUAGAAGUUUGUAUUAUUAUUAAAUACCAAAAUAUUAAAAGAAGAAUGGGGUUUGUGUAUUUAAUGCCUUGUAACAUUCAAAUAAAGGCUGAAAUUUGUUUCUAA